GAUUUCCUUUUAUCCCUCCCUUUGUUUUUUGUUAUUUUUUUUUUUUAUUCUAUUACUCUUAAGUUUUUGUUUUGUAAUGUAUCCAUGUGUUUGUCCAACCAAAUUUAUUUGUUUCAAUUUGAUUCCGUAAAACUCAGGUCCAUUUGUUACAAUUCCAUAUUUUUAGAUUCCUGCCCAUGUCACAUGACAUGACGUCACCACCCCUCCAUGUGUGUCGAGUGGACGUUUACCGGCGCCUUCUUCGAAAGUUCUGCAAGUUCCAUCUUUCUUUAUCUGUGGCGUCUAUAACACUCAAGAAUGGCUGAUAACGACAUUACUAAAAGGAUCUUUGUCAAAGGCUUCAACAGAGAGACAACCGAAAGCGACCUGCGAGCAUUUUUCGAAGAAUACGGCGUGGUCAAAGAGAGUAAAAUCGUGCGAGAUAAACACGGGAUUAGCAAAGGCUAUGCUUUCAUUACCUUUGAAAGCCAAGAAGAUGCAGAUUCUGUCCGCGAACACGAAGCCCUAGAUUUCAAAGACAAGAAGUUGAGCAUUGGAAAGGCGAUACGGAGGAAGAGUGGCAGAUCUUACACUUCUAGGCAUUAUCAUCGGCAAGACAUGAUGCACGAAGGAGCGAUGGGAGCGAAUCAUCAACUGUUCUACACGAGUGGUGUGGAUGGAAACGCGGUGUAUUACCCAGUUCAGCAGCCACAAUAUUUGCUGGUAACGACCCCACCAUAUUCUCCUCAGAUGGCAUACCAAACACAGGGAAUGUAUUCUCCACAAUCCCAUUCAACAAACCCACUUUUUUCUCCAUCGACAAUGAUGAGCGGUUCAUACUUACAGGCCAACACCGUCGCCUCCCUACCAAUGCAGUGGAAUGAUUAUGCAAGCUUGAAUCGAGUUCGUCCUAUAGCUACACAUCAAGAAACACCAUCAGAAAUAGCUGUGUCUUCUGGCCAGCCAACACAAAUUGUAGGAGUUGCUAUUUCUGAUGGAAAUUACGUGGCAGAAAGUGCAACGAAAGGCGAAGCUGUGGCUCAGUUUGUUGCCAUUGACCCAACAAAGAUGAAAGGAGAUAAACCAAUCCCAGUCCGCUUUCUCAAACAUGAAUAGAUAAGGAACGAACCUACUUGAUCAACAAUAAGUAAAAUAAUACUCAAGAGAAAGCCAGUGAAUGUCCAAACUAUAGAUCUAGUGUAGCCGCUACCAGUAAUUCUGAGCAAUUCCUCUGUCUGUGAAAAGAAAUAAAACACUUUUGUGUUAGAACUGGUAGUAACAAUAGCAAAAAUUAUCCAGAUAUUUCUAGUGUCCAAGAGUAGAUGCAGAAAUAUGAAAAAAUUGUGAACAUUUAUCAGGGCUUUUAUCCUAAUUGCUAAUAAACUAAAACGAUGAAUAUCUACUGUCCAAGAAGAGGACAAAAGAGGAGUUAUGGGUGGUUGUGGUGGAAAGGGGUUCUGUGUCUCUGCCUCCCCCACAUCCACUACCCUGCCUCCCCUGCAACCGCUACUGUUGCCAAACUUUUCACAGACUAAGAGAAAUUGUCUCCACAUGUAAUGAAAUCACUAUUUAAUAAUUUUUACUGUUAUCAAUGUAAUAGAAUCUGCUGUACAUACUGCAUAUUUCAUGAAGUGUCUAAUAUCAUAUAUUUAUUGCCAUAUCAAUGUAGCUAAUUGCUUUUACUAGUAGUAUAAUUUAUUUUUGUGUUGUAAUA